CGACGCUGCGUUUUUUAGUGAUAUCUCUGAUUUUUCUUCUCUCUUGUUGAUGGCUCUUAUGUAUGUUGUUGUUGGUGGGCUGUGACAUCCUUGUAGACUGAGUUUGGGUGUUUUUACCCUCAAUUUGCAUAAUAAGAAAAGAAGAGGGCAGACUCCCUAUAAGUCCCGUGGUUUUUAUCCUUCACAUCGAAGGGGUUUUCCACGUAUAAAAAUCGUGUGUCGCUUGCAUCUUUAUUCUUCAUAUUUGGUUGUGGUUUAUUUGAUGUGUUGCUGAUUUUGUGUGCUCGGUUAAUCAAUUGUGGUAAAUUGGGUUAAGUGUUUGGUUGGUUGUCUUGAAGUUGAUCCUUGUAGGUGUCGUAUCCUACUUGUUGCUUCUCCCCCAACAUUUGGUAUCGGAGCUAAGGUUUAAACCGUAGAUAUGGAGUCCGGAAAUAAUUCUAUGGUUAAAUUGACAUCAACCAAUUAUUCCAUUUGGCGUCCUAUGAUGGAAGAUUUGUUAUAUUGUAGAGAUUUGUUUGACCCAAUUGAUGUGGAUAAAACCAAGAAGGAUGACAUGCCUACUAAACCAGAGAAGAUGACGGAUAAAGAAUGGGAAAAAUUGAAGAGAAAGACCUUGGGAACUAUCAGACAGUGGAUUGAUAUUAGCAUAUUCAAUCAUGUAUCCCAAGAGACUGAGCCACUCGAGUUGUGGAGAAAAUUGGAGGGUCUUUAUGAGAGAAAGACUGCUCAUAACAAGGCCUCGUUGAUUAAGAGGCUUGUUAGUCUCAAGUUGAAGCCGGGAAAAUCUGUUUCUGAGCAUCUUAGUGAUUUUCAAGAUAUCAUUAACAAGUUGACUGUGAUGAAAAUUGUUUUUGAUGAUGAGUUGCAGGCUUUAUUCCUAUUGAGUUCUUUGCCAGAUAGUUGGGAGACUUUGGUUGUGUCUAUCAGCAAUUCAGCUCCAGAUGGUGUGCUUUCAUUGGAUGUCAUUAAAGAGAGCAUGUUCAAUGAAGAGCUUAGAAGAAAGGAGAUGGGUGUUGACAUUUCACAAGCACUUGUGGUAGAGCGUAGAAAAUAGAGGAAGAAUGGCAUCCUGACGAUACCACAAAGUGUACGCAGGGUUAGGUUACUUC